AUGGCGUUUCACACAAACUUCCCUCACAAUAGGAAACGGACGUUGUAUGUAGGUGGAUUCAGUGAGGAAGUCACUGAAAAGGUAGUUUAUCACAACCUUUUUGUUUAUUUUUCGUGGAUUUGGAGGUUCUAAUGUCGGCUUUCAUUCCGUUUGGCGAUGUUAUUGCCAUUUCGAUCCCGAUGGACUACGAGUCCGGCAAACACAGAGGCUUUGGGUGAAUUUUCGUUUUUUUUUUUGCUAGGUAAAUUAUCCAGCUUCGAAAAAAGUUUACCAAGAUGCUUUGUGAGAAUCAUACUUGAAUUCAAGUUCUAAAAAUAAAUUUCUCGCCUAUGCUCCUUUAAAUAAUAAUAUUUCAAGUUAAUGUGUAUUAAAACCCAUCUGGUAGCGUUAAAAUCGGCAAUCUUGAAAUUUCUUUGAACCAUAGUGAGGGACGAUAAACGGAAACUGAAUAAAAUGAAUGAGUUUAUAAGAAAAUUAGAAUUUUCAGGAAUUUUUCAGUAGUUUGUUUGAAUUUGAGGACGACUGUUUUAUUUAUUCGUGAUAUUUUUUUUUCAGAUUUGUUGAGUUUGACCUUCCCGAAGAUGCUGCCGCCGCCAUUGAUAACAUGAACGAGAGCGAAUUAUUCGGCAAAACUAUCAGGUUCUUUUUUUUUCAGCUUGAGUCGGGGUAAAGAGACUUCUAUGUAGAAAAGAAACUUUUAGAAAUUUGAAAUCAGUUCCAAUUUAGAUCUGAAGUUUAUAAAAACCGUGGCUUUGCAGGGUAAACUUUGCCCGACCGCCGAAAGCCACGGAAAGAUCACAAAGGCCGGUUUGGGCCGACGACGAAUGGCUGAAGAAGUACGGCCAAGGCGGCGAGAGCGCAGAAACGGCGACUGAAAAUGGUUCCGGCGGAGGACGAGGGCCUUCCACAGUCUUGCCUAGAGUCUACUUGGGCGUCAAAAUCGGCAUCAGGUUCGAUUUUUCGAUAAAUGACAGAAUAGCCUGUGAAGAUUGAGUCAUAGCCAAGAAAGCUUUGAAAAAAAGCCGAAAAAAAACAAGUAAAUAACUAGAUUUGAAAAAAAAAUCGUAAAUUAUUUUCUCCUUCCUGUUUUAAUUCAAAAUUUUAUGUCAUUCACGUUAGUUUCAAUGAAGUUAUAAUAGUAAUUUCAGCCUCAGAAAAUUAAUUCUUUUUCGGUUCAAUUGUGAAUAUUUGAGAAAAAAAGAUUUUUUUAAACUACAAUUUUAUUUAAUUUGGAGGGCCCUUCGAUCUUUUUGAGCGUUUUUUCGAGGCUUUUUUUUUACUUUUCUUUAGGCGUCAUUUUUGCGUCUCUUUAUUUUAUCAUCAUAGAAAUUUCCUCUGCUCCAUUUCUUACCUUUUCCACAUAAAAAUCAUCAUUUUUUUCCAGAUAUAUUGGCCGGAUCAUCAUUGAAUUGCGGUCCGAUGUUGCCCCGAGAACUGUCGAAAAUUUCAGAUGUCUUUGUACCGGUGAACGAGGUUUCGGUUAUGAAGGUACUUAUCUCAAAUUUAUUUUAGAAGCAAAGUUUUUCAUAUUUUCAGGCUCGCAAUUCCACAGAAUCAUCCCGAAAUUCAUGCUGCAAGGUGGAGAUUUCACAAAAGGUGACGGUACAGGCGGAAAAUCCAUUUAUGGGUCCAAAUUUGAGGAUGAAAAUUUCACGGUGAGUUCAUAGGGUCAGUAGCUUUUGAGGUGCAAUAAUUAAGAUUUUUCGCUUCGAGAACUUCAAAAAAAUUGUUCUUAUUUUUUUCGAAGCGAGAUUUUUUUCAAAAGUUCAUCUUAUAAUUAUUUCAGUUGAAACACGUUUUUUUCCCGGAACAGUUUCAAUGGCAAAUUGUGGACCCAACACCAACGGCUCGCAAUUUUUCAUUUGCACUGAGAAAACGGAUUGGCUCGACGGAAAGCACGUCGUUUUUGGACAAGUUGUUGAGGGAAUGAACGUCGUCCGGCAGAUCGAACAACAGGUUCGGUUUUUUUUUUUUGAGAUAUCAAUCAAUAAAUCUUAGUGAUAUCUUAUACUAUCAAAAACAAUAUUAGAGGAACAAAAAAGGGAAAUUAAAAAUCGAGUUUGGAACUUUUCCUUCAAAGGUUUUGUCAUGUCUCUAGGACUACUAGGAAUGUUUUGCCAUCACCUUGGAAAUUUCGGCAGUUUCAAAUAAAUUUCGUGAAGAUUCGCUCCUGAGACUUCCGAAUAGUUUUCCAUAAGGCGUUCGAAGAUAUUACGACGCGAAUUGAAUCCAAGGGUCUUCUUUAGGGCUUCUAAUUCAUCUUAAUUGACUUAUUCAAUCGAAUUAGGCGCCUUUCUUCAGAUUCCUAAAUUGUUCCAAGUUUUAUACUUUCCUUAGCGGCUUGGGAGGAUAAGCGUUAUUUUCGUCAGAGCUGCUGUUUUUCAGGGAAGCCCGUCAGGAAAGCCCUCGAUGGUGGUGAAAAUCGUCGAGUGCGGCGAGUUGGAGCCUGAGAAGCGGAUAGCAGCCGAAGCUUUGAAAGAUACCCAGGAAGAGAAAGAAAAUACCGAAGAAACUAACGGCGAAGCGACAGAACAAACUGUCGAAGCUUGA